GUCAGCUGUAGCCCACAGUCUGUAUUUGUCAAUAACGUCAAAGUCAAAAAUAAAAGACGUCUGUUGAUGAAACGAGAUAUAUUAUGGGUUGAUUUUUGUAAAUAAAAAAAAUGGUCCAGUUGCUGUAUAUAAUUGCUAGUUUACACGUUCUUCUGUGCCCAUUCACUAAAGUGGAAGAGAGCUUCAAUAUACAAGCUUUUCACGACAUAUUGUACCACAGACAUAACCUCACACAGUACGACCACAAUGAAUUUCCGGGUGUGGUGCCUCGCACUUUCAUUGGACCACUCGUUAUUUCGCUGUUAUCCGCACCUAUAGUUGGAUUAUUACACAUCAUUGAAAUUAAUAAAUUCUGGACACAAUAUGUAGUUCGGUUAACAUUAGCACUGACAGUAAUAGGAGCAUGGAGUCGUCUAAAGAAUGCUCUUCAAAAGCAAUUUGGUAACACAUUUGCCUGGUGGUUUACUCUCAUCACUGUUACUCAGUAUCACUUCAUGUUUUACAUGAGUCGUCCUCUACCUAACAUUAUGGUGCUACCUUUAGUUCUGCUAGCAUUUGAAGGAUGGCUCUCCGGUAAACAAAAACAAUUCAUAAUAUCAGCUGGGGCAGCAAUUAUUAUAUUUAGGUCUGAGUUGGCAAUGUUGUUUGGUCUGUUUUUAAUUAUGGACCUCUAUUUUAAGAAAUUGGAUAUACCAACAUUGUUUAAGAUCGCCAUUCCUGCUGCAAUUGCUCUGAUAGCCCUAACUGUUGUAGUGGAUUCAAUAUUUUGGGGACGAUUACUAUGGCCAGAAGCAGAAGUGUUUUGGUACAACACAAUAUUGAACAAAAGUUCUGACUGGGGUACAUCACCUUUCCUGUGGUAUUUCUACUCGGCUCUUCCGCGCGGGCUCGGUCCCAGUAUAGUCCUCAUACCUGUUGGCUUGUAUUUGGACCGCCGCUUCGUGCAGUUUUGUGCGCCAGCUUUUGUUUAUAUAUUACUUUAUUCAUUUCUGCCUCAUAAGGAACUUAGGUUUAUUAUUUACGUUUUCCCAUUGCUCAAUAUGGCAUCUGCUGCUGCUUGCUCUUACAUUUAUAUAAGACGAACGAAAACACCGAUAUUCGAGUUAUUAUUUUGGGGGGCUAUCGUUAUAAUUGUGGGUAACAUUAUAAUAUCCCUUGCAUUUAUGUUAGUUGCAAUAACUAACUACCCAGGAGGCGUAGCUAUUACAAGAUUCCACAAACUACUAAAAAAUGAACCAUUUGUUCACGUACAUAUCAGCAACCUAGCUGCUCAAACAGGCGUUACUAGAUUCACACAAAUACGUAAUGAUUGGAUAUAUAGUAAAAAUGAGUCAUUAGAUGUAGAACAACUCCAAGAGUAUACUCAUCUUCUCAUUGAAGCAAAGAGCAAAUACUCGCCAAAUCUUAAAGCCUUCACUCAUACACACAUAAUUCUGGAUAGUAUUGAAUCUUUUUCGCAAGUUGCUGUCAAUUAUAAGCUGAUGCCACCUUUCCGAAUCAAAACAAAACCAGCUAUUUUCGUACUAGAAAGGACAGAUUUCCGUGAGUAUCCUCUUGGGCACAAAACUCAAAGUUUCGAGAGCGAAAAAGAAAAUGAGUCAUAUGAAGUUAAACAAAAUGAGUACAAAGAAGAUUCAAUAGAAAGUAAUGUAGACUAUGAGAAUGGAGACGACGAUGAUAAAAUCGACUUUGAACCUGCUACAGUUGUCGAGCCGCAAAAGGCCGAUGAGAUAAAAAAAGAAAGCGACGAAAUUAUCGAAGAAGUUGAAGUACCUGAAGCAAAAAUUGUAGUUGAAGAAGCCAUUGUUGUUGAAGAGAUAAAAGAGAAACCAGCCAAAACAAAACCUAAGAAAUCAUUAGCAACUCCGAAGGAUGAAUCCGUCGCGCUGGAAGCUGAAGAACCAGUCCCUAGGAUAAUACCCAAGAAAUUACCGAAUACUCCAGCCGAAGAACCAAUUGUUGAUAUGCAAGACGAGGUUAUACCAAAAAUUAAAGCCAAAAAAUCUUUAGAUGAGUUAAAGUUAUUAAGACAAGAAAGAAAGAAAAAGGCAAUAACGAAAAUUAAAAGUGAAACUCGUAAAGAAGUUGUCGCGUCAGCAAAAGAAAAACUGAGGGAAUUAAUGAAGAGGCACAAACAUAUCGCUGAUGAGCUGUCCGAUACUAACAUAUCAGAUGUUAAGGUUGAAUUAGAGAAGGAUGGAAGAGGUGAUAUACCUGAUUCAGAAUUAUUAACUGAAACUGAAAAGAUAGAAAUUUUGGAGUCUGUGGAUGAGACCAAUAAAGAAGAUCCAACUAUAGGUGCAGGGCCUAAAGUAGAAGUCAUUGAGAGUAAUCAGACGAACGAAAAUAUAGACUCCAUAGUAGAAGAAGUUAUAGCUAGACUUAUAGAUAGAAAAAUAUAUGAUGAUAAAACUAAACCUGAAGAUAUCAAAGCAGAGGACAGACAAAUGAUACAAAAAAUUGUUGAAGAAAUUUUGUCUGAGAGAAUGAAUUAUUCUAAUCCACACAAUAAGUGAUUGGUGCAGUCACUAAUUCUAAUGAAUGAAUGCAGAUGUGAUCUCGUGUUGAUUUUGCCUUUUUAAGGAAUGAGUGCCAAGUUAUUGAAUUUUUAAUAAAUGUAUUUAUAAAUACUCUUAAAUGUUUCAUACAUCUUUAACAUCUUUACUUACUGUCCAUAGGGUUAAGAGUAAUUGUAAAAAUUAUCACAACAGUGUAUCAGUGGAUAUUGCAUCUACAUUGAAAAAUAUUGUUAUAAUUUGCAUUAUUAAUUUAUAUGGUCAAAGUUAAGAAAUAAGUUAUGCAUUUUUUUAUAAUCUAAUCAUAUCAAUUCAUCCAGUAUUUCUAGUCUUGAUAAAACAUGUUGGACAAGUCCUAUUUUACAAUUUCUAUAUAAAUUUAAACUGAUAUAUUUUUGUUAUAUGUUGAUGUAAAGUGUGGUGUAUUAGAAUUGUCUUAAUUUACACAUUUUCAAUGAAUAAAGAAAACAAAUACUUUAA